AUGAACCCAGCCCCCCCCCUCCGCUCGGCCGCACUUGGUACGCGCCUCAUCCACAAGUCUCUCCCGAGCUCCGAGCCACAUUCUUCCCAUUCACAAACUCCGCACCCUGCAGCCGUAUCUCCUCUUCUUCUUCCUCCUCCUCGUUCUUCUACUUCUUCUUCUUCUUCUGCCUCACGCACGCUCUCUCCAAAACCCAACGCAGCCAAACAGACCGAGCCCUGCGCCAACCUGGACCGCUACAUCAUGACCAUGUACAAGGGGAAGCGACGCAACCACCGCUUACAAUCGCAGCAUAAGUGCUUACCCGCCUCGGUGAUGUCACAGUGUAUUGUUAACGUGAGGCCGGAGGUGGACCUGGAGUUGGACCUGGAGUUGGACCUGGAGUUGGACCUGGAGUUGGACCUGGAGUUGGACCUGGAGUUGGACCUGGAGUUGGACCUGGAGUUGGACCUGGAGGUGGACCAUCUCUGA